UCACGUGACACACCAUGUGACUGUACAAAAUGGUAGACGAAAAAAAAUGAAAUUAAACAACUAGCAACAACUAUGAGUGUUUUUAAAAGUAUAGCAGCAGGACUAAAGUCUAUCACAUCCAGAGACACUGUCAAACAAGAUAUACCAAUAGGGGUUUCAAAGUCAACUGUCAACUUUGAUGCUGGUGCAGAACUUCUUGACAGUUACCAGGAAAUUUGGAAGGAACUCCAUGACAAUUGUCAACAAAAUGCAAGGAGAGCAGAGGAUACUGAUAGCCAGAUAACAGAGCUGUACAUUAGAUAUGACAGACAACAGGAAAUGAUGUCACAGUUACAUGAAAGUCUAGUUUCCUUACCAAUACUGGUGUCUCAUUUACAACAAGCUACAGAUUUACUAGCAUCAUUAGAAGGAGAAUAUGAAAAAGUCAAUUCAGCUUUAAUACAACUAGAAGAUGUAAUUGAAGAAAAAGAACUGCUGAAUGCACAGGUCAUUGACACUCAGAAACUGUCCUCAUAUAAUCAGAGAAAACAAGAUGAACUAGAAAAUUGUAAAGUUCAGUUAGCUAGAGACCAUGCUAAAAAGAUACAUGACUAUGAGAAAAGAAAGAAAAACAUACAGAAAGAAAGAGAAGAAGCUUUCCAGGAUGCAUUUGAAGAUGAUCUUGAUUAUUACAAAACAUAUGGUCGUGUUGAUAAAGUAUCUGUGACAAGUUCAGAGGGAAGUAAAAAGGUUGAUAUAGCUGAUGUUUCAUUUGAAGAAGAAGAUGAUGUAUUAGAUGAAUUCCUUGGAUCAACUGAAGUAACACCUGCAAAUGAAAACUUACCAGAGUCAAAUGAAGAAACAGAAAACAUGUUUAGUGAAGAUGAUUAUAUUCCAAAGUUAGAUGAAGAAUCAGAUUUUAUAAAAUCUGGGGAUACUGCAACAAGUGACAGUGAUGUUGACAAUAGACAAGCAAACAAACUGGAACAGCAAAAUUCAAUACAAACUUGGAUAAACAACAGCAGUCCCAAAGAAAAAGGGUCAGGUGAAGGUCAUGAGGCAAAGAACAAUUCGACAAAUAGUGGAGGAGAAAAGACAGAUCAAGAAAGUGAUGCUCCUGAAAAAACAGAACAAAAUAAAGAUACUUCUACUGAGAAGUCUUAAUAUUUGUAAUUAAAUACAGUGUACGCAUUCCAAAAAUGUUGUUAUUUUAUUAAUAGGACUACUUCUUGAGAAGCACUCUAAAGUUUAUCAUGUAAAGACAGAUAGACUUGUGUAAAUGUUAAAAUUGUUUUUCUGCAUUUUAUUUAUUGAUAAGGACAAGUAUUCUAUAAACAAAUACUUAGGUAAUAGGAAAUGAAAAAAACAUACAACAUUAAUUGACCACUGGCUUGUAUGUAGGAAGCAACCAUUUAACUUCAAGGGGGGAGUUAUGGUUUUUGUCUGAGUCAGAAAAAUGUUUUUCUCGCAAAGCGCGGACAUUUUUUAUAGUUUUUCAACGCUAUCAAUCAACUUAUUUUUUCCAAAAUUUAACACUAUAAGGUAUGGGGAAAAUCUGAAUUCAGAAUAUUUUUUUUGUCAUCUGCUUGACCACAAUAUUUUUUUUCAUCAAAUUGGGGAUCAGAAUAUUUUUUUAGGAAAAAACCAUAACACCCUUAUUGAGAAUGAAAUAUAAAUUUUAGCCAAUGUUUUUGAAUUUCCUUCCAGUUUUAGAAAUGGAAGACUUUCUUUGUUCUUAAAUUCAGAGCAAAGGCAACUACCAUACCUAAGAUUUAAUUGAAAAAAAAAGUUUUUGCUUAUAAUUUUCUUUGAAACCGAAUUAAAGUAUGAUAAUGCAUUAGAUUAUGUUUUAUUUGAUAUAAUACAUUAGUAACAAUUGAAAUGAUUCAACUACUUCUUGCCACUGGUUCAGAUGUAUUCUGUUUUCAGUUGGAUAUGUUAAAAGACCUAGCUAUUGCUCAAGUCACAAUUUAGUAUGGAAAAAUAUUUUAAUAUAACAGCAAAUUGUGCUUCUCAAGAAUUAGUCCUGCACAUCGUUUGAUAAUGUCAGUAAAUGCUUUAUUCAUAAAUAGAACUGGACGAUCAGUUAGAACAUUUUUUAAACUUCUUUUCGGGAACAUCAUUUUUUUUAAGCUUGACCUGUACAACCACCCCAUGAAAUAUUGAUAUAAAAGAAGAGAUGCAGAUAUCAAAAAAACUUACUGGGGAUUCAUUUAUUUUCAUGGGUACCAAAUUUGAUGGUUGAGGCAAACUUGAAUUUUUGUGGAUAUUUGAUUCCCUGGUUUUGCAAAUGUCAGCAUACAAGCCUAAACAAAGUUUAUACUUCGCUUAACAUUUAAAUUCUUGUUGAACCGAUAAAAACGCAAAAUCCAAAAAAUUAUACCGCCCGAAUAAUGAUUAAUCCACAGUUGUGAAACAACUUGUAUCGCAUUUAUUGACAUUGCUUAUUUGUUAUAUAUGACCAUAUUAUUUUUCUUUUUAAAAGCUUUUAACAUGUUUAAUGCAAUGGGAACAAUGUUUAAUCUAGUUUUCUUUAGCUUCUUUAUGAAAUAAAAAAAAUAUAUAUUGUGAA